UUAUUGGUUUUGGUUUAUGUUGUAUUUUUCUUCCAAACUUCGACCCACGUCAAGCCUGAGAGAGAUGGAGAGCGAGAGAGGCACCCAGACCAGCUCUCCUUCAACCAGUCCGACUCCUCCGGAACCGACCAGCACUCGAGACCACACUUCCCGCUUUGGCACAGUCAUCCCAAACCGCAUCUUCGUAGGAGGGAUUGAUGUGAAAACUAACGAGAAUGAUCUCAGGCGGUUUUUCUCCCAGUUUGGAACAGUUAAGGAAGUGAAGAUUGUUAUUGAUCAUACUGGAGUGUCAAAAGGGUAUGGCUUUGUCACCUUUGAGACUCCGGAAGAUGCACAGAAAAUUCUGCAUGAUGCAAGUGCUAAUAGGUUGUGUUUUCGAGAUAAGAGGCUGAACAUCGGACAGGCCGUUCGCAAGCAGCAAGUGGCCGUACACUGCGGUUAUACCGUGGCAAGUCCCAGCCCUCCUCUGGCUCUCUCGGCACCUUUUGGCACCAUGUACCUGACCACGCCCACUGGAUAUCCCUACACCUACCACAACGGAGUGGCCUACUUCCACAACCCGGAGCCGACUUCCACGCACCCAUCACACUGGUCUGCUUCACAUACAGUACCCAGAUCUCCAGUCAUGGUGGCUCACUCUUCUCCUCCCUUUUAUACUCCACAAGCCUGCCACCAACACCAGGGUCCUUCUCAGUGUGUGAACGGACACGUGUCAUGGGCUUUUCCUCAGGUAGAGCCCUCUGUCCCUUCGAACCCGAGUCCUUUUCUCUUUGUCCAGCCUACUGAGUUGAUGCAUCACCAAAUAGAGCCUAUUGAAAAUGGGUGUGUUCAGUCAGCCAUGCCACUGAUGGAAGCUGGUGUUCCCGAGGCAUAUAUGGACCACAUGGUGCAGCCGCCGUAUCAGAUUUGUUUGCAGAGUCCACUGAUUCUGUCUCAGGGUGAUGGAAUGAAGGAGCAAAAGUUCCAGACAGCGAGACGAGGUUUCUCCCACUCUGCCGUCCACCUGAGGCCCAGGUAUAGCCGCGGCCCUCAUUACACGCAUCUACGUAAAGACUACCGUCCCGAAAUUCACACCUCGCCUCCUCCUGCAUCCUCACCUGCGCAGGAUGCGCUGAAAUAGAAGGGUUUGGUCUGCUCACCUCACCUCACAACUCGAUACACACCUGCCAAGCCAACUGACUGGAACACAAACGCACUCAACCAGACAUAAACGCCAACCGUCGUCAGAACCGAACCCGCCUAAAAAGGAAGCCUACGCGUCAUCAGCUCCUAAUAAUAAGCUUUAAACUAAACCUAAACACUAAAAAGCCUAAAACGGAAACAAAAAUCGACCAAGCCAAUAAACGUGCUGUAUUAUCUAUACAAAGCAAGCGUAGACAAAC